AUGGCCGACAUCCACACGUGUUUUAACUGGCUCCUACUCUACCUGCAGCUUAUUGCUCUGUUUGAAGAUGCUGGCUCCCCUAGGUAUCGUUUAAAAAUCUGUGCUCGACCUGGAGCAUGCUUUGAUACCUUUCGGGGCUGCACGAAAGAGGAUGGAUUAGAUUACGAAGGAUUAUGCUGGUUCUACUCUCGAGAUCGAGGAGGACGGCGCCAUAUUGGUUUCGGUGCUGGGAGAGCGUUUUGUAUCUCUCACGAAACAAAACCGAACUCAUCGCUGUUCCUGUCACUCAUACUGCUAAGUGGAGAUGUUUGUCCAAAUCCUGGCCCUCAUAAUACCCUGGAUCUGUGUGGGAUUUGUACGAAGUCUGUGAAAAGCAACCAACGUGGAAUCUGCUGCGACCUGUGCAAUAUUUGGUUCCAUGUAAGACGACAAUGUGUAAACAUGCGGCUUGAAAGCUACAGAUCUCAUGCUGAUAAUCCUGAUUUACAGUGGAUAUGCAAUAUUUGUUUGGAGCUACCAACGAACGAGAGCGAUGCAAAUAUUUCUGUUGACGACUCCAACCCAAACAUGAAUCGUUCAACCGACGAAUUCACUGCCAUAAAUAAUAAUCUUUACGAACAACCAGGACUAAAAUUCGGGCACAUCAACGUCAACGGGCUGAGGGGAAAAUUAUCAGAGAUACAUUUGUUAUUGAUUAAAACUAGCCUUGACAUACUCGCUAUAACGGAGACCAAGCUGGCAAAUGACAUCACUGACGAGGAAAUUAGUAUCGAGGGAUAUUUCACUAUUCGCAACGAUCGCGAUAGGAAUGGCGGCGGCGUGCUAUUGUACUAUAAGGACUCCCUAGCGGCAUACGAGGAGCAUAAGAUACAAGUCCCAAACACUAUCGAAGGUGUUUGGAUAAAUGUUCAAUGCCAAUCCCAAACAUGGCUAUUUGCGUGUGUGUACAGACCGCCAACCGAUCUUUCCUUCUAUGACACAUUUAAUACUAUGCUUGAGAAGAUCUGGUCUACACGAAAAAAUAUUGUAAUUUUGGGCGACCUAAACUCUGACUUGUCCCCUCAAAGGUAUGAAGAUGCGGAAUCUCAUCUUGGUAGACGUCUCCUGCGCAUAUUAAGAUCAUAUGGAAUGAAAUGUGUCAUAAAAGAACCGACCAGAAUUUCUGAUGUAGCACAAACAUUGAUCGAUCUGAUAAUUGUUAGCCACGCAGAGAAAAUCACUAUGGCUGGUGUGUCUCACUUGGGAAUAUCUGAUCACAGCUUUGUGUAUGCAAAUCUGCGAAUGAGAAAGGAAAAGAGUCCCCUGAUGAUUAAAAUCAUAAAUAAUUACAGAUCUUUCAACCAGCAGAAAUUUAGAAACGACAUCGAAAGCGCCCCUUGGAGUGUAUGCGAGAUCUUUGACGAUAUUGAUGAUCAGGUCUGGGCAUGGCAACAUCUUUAUCAGCGAAUAGUAUCUGACCAUAUCCCUACCAGGCAAGUGAAGAUGAGGAAAAAUAAACUCCCAUGGAUAACCAACGAAAUAAGGAAAGAACAAAACAAGCGCUAUCGUCUCCUCAAGCUCUACAAGGCUAAUAAAGACACGCAUACUUGGUCCCUAUACAAAGCCACUCGAAAUCGCGUCAAGAGACAAAUACGUGACGCGGAAAUCACUUAUUGGAGAGAGCAGUUUGCAAAAGCUGAGAACAGCAAAAAUUUUUGGCAAGUUGUUAGUAAGGCUCAAGGUAAAAGUGCGAGGAAGCCAAUACCUCCUGUGCAAGAUAGAGACGGUACCAUUCUGACAAACGACUCCGACAAGGCUGAGGAAAUGAAUAAUUACUUUGCGAAUAUUGGAAUAAAGCUUGCUGAAAAAUUCCAUCACGACUCUGGUUCCUCGAUUAACCAACUUACAGCAACUAUUAACCCUGUGCCACAUGUCCUUGAUCAAGUGUCCUUUUCCGAAGAACAAAUAAAGCUGAAGUUAACUCACAUCAAGCAAAAAACAGGUGGUCCCGACAAAAUAAUGUCCCGUGAUAUGGCCGAGGCAGCUGAGUCACUAUUUGAAGGCCUUUUUAGUAUCUUCAAAAAUAGUAUACAACGUGGCAUUUUCCCCAGUAAUUGGAAGAUUGGAGAGGUAAUCCCAGUAUUUAAGAAGGGGACCAAAUCAGACUGCGCCAAUUACCGACCACUGACUAUGCUUAAUUUAAAUAGCAAAAUAUUGGAGAGCAUUGUUUGUGAUUCCUUAGAUUAUCACCUUGUAACAAACGAACUUAUACACUCAAAUCAGUGGGGUUUCAAGAAAGGUGUCUCCACCGAAUCACUACUCUUGUAA